AUGCGCGUCCCUGGUUCUACUCCGGUGCACCAUCGCACUAUCGUGACACCGACGGUUCCCGCAGCCAGAGGUAAAGGUAAAGGAAAUGGCAAGGGUAAAGGCACUACUGCCCCUGGCCCAAACAGAACUGCACUGGAGAAAGCCAAGAAGGCCAACAAAAAGGCCUGCGUGGUUGAACUCCGCUCGGUUGAUGACGCCGCUAAAAUGGACGCCGCCGAGUUCAUGACCUUUCGCAGCAGGGCCCUGGGGCUUUUGAGUGGUUCGGUCAUCGUCAGUACCACCUUCCCAAUCAAGGGAGGUAUUGGACUAGUCCUUAGCGAUGAGAGUCACGGGAACACAUGCGUUCAGUCUUUGAGUCGCAUGCAGGGUUAUACAGCCAAGGUCCGCACUGGAUUAUGGCCACGUGUGAUUUUGUUUAAUCCCGCAAUAGCCCGUGGUUCCACUAUCGACUCAGUGAGUCGCUCUAUCAAAGAGGGCAAUCCUGCUCUCACCGAAGGUAUCGACGGUGACAAGCUGGUCAGCGCGGUCUAUUGGCGCGGCCAGCACUUAGUUAUGGCGAUCUGCCCAACCCUCUACCACAGGCUAUCUGCCAAUGGGGAAGGGAAGGGUCGCCUGGAUCAGGCCAAGAUUCGCUGCACGCGUUGUGCAGCCUUCGGUCACGAGAGACAAGCUUGUACGGCUCAGUCCAUCACAGGGCCGGUGCUGAAAUGCGCUAACUGCCUGGACUUCAACGCAUCUCAUCCUGAAGCUCGAGUUCACCGAAAGGGGACCACGAGUGCACGGAUGGUGCAUGUGAGAGCUUAG